GCGAGAGUGUGCGCGGCUCGGAUCACGGAAGAGUGACUGGAACGGGCUGGUGUCUGACAACUGGAUCGAAACUUCACCAGGCACCCUGGUACCUGACAGCCGGACUGCACCUCGAUUCGUGCAUCUAUUGUCCCGACUCGUUUGCAGGCAGAUCCUCACGAAGAUGUCAGAGUUGAGUGGGAAAGUUCAGUCCGUGCUGGGACCGAUCGAUCCCAGACAGUUGGGUCGAACCCUAACCCAUGAGCAUUUGACCAUGUCUUUUGGUUUCUGUUACACGCCGCCACCCCCGGGUCAAGAAGCAUGUUCUGAAAUGCCGAUUACCAUGAAUAACCUCUACUGGCUCAAACAGAACCCAUACAGUCACAAAGCCAAUCUGCUGUUGAACGAGGAAAUGGAGGCGGUGAAAGACGAACUCCUGCACUUUAAGAAGGUGGGCGGUGGGACUAUCGUGGAAAACACGACCACUGGCAUAUGCAGAGAUGUGAAGGCUCUCCAUCGCCUUUCUGAAGAAACUGGAGUUCAGAUCAUUGCUGGAGCAGGAUUCUAUGUGGCUGAGACCCACUCGUCUGAAACACGGAGUGCAUCCGUGGAGAAGCUAACAGAUAUUCUGGUGAAUGAAAUUCUCCAUGGAGCUGAUGGAACUGACAUCAAGUGUGGAGUGAUCGGAGAAAUUGGCUGCUCUUGGCCAAUGAUGGAGAGUGAGCGAAAAGUUCUUCAAGCUACAGCUGAGGCACAAACACAGCUCGGCUGCCCUGUCAUCAUUCACCCAGGCAGAAAUAGUGAUUCACCUUUUCACAUCAUCCGAAUCCUGCAAGAGGCUGGGGCUGAUAUCUCUAAAACAGUCAUGUCCCAUCUAGAUCGGACCAUACUUGAGCAGGAUAAACUGCUGGAGUUUGCCAAACUGGGAAGUUACCUGGAGUAUGAUCUAUUCGGCACGGAAAUGCUAAAUUAUGUGUUUUGCCCUGUUGUGGAUGUGCCUUGUGACAUUGAAAGGAUCAAUCGGAUCCGUUUGCUCAUUGAUGAAGGUUAUGGAGACAGUUUGCUGAUGGCCCACGAUAUUCACACCAAGAACAGGUUAACUAAGUACGGAGGGCACGGCUAUUCCCACAUUCUCACCAACAUCGUCCCGAAAAUGAAGCAGAGAGACCUCCCCCAGUCUGCCAUCGACAAGAUUCUAGUGGAAAACCCGAAACGUUGGCUAACGUUCAAAUAAUCAAAUAAACACCUAUCCGAUUCUUUUGAAAUAAUUUACAGUUGAUUUUAAAGAUCGUAUUUUCCGAUAGACUGAAUUAUAGUUGAUUUAAGAGCAACGCUUUCCUCAUAAAGUCAUAAUUCCCACCAUAAAGAAAAAAUAUAUAUAUUCUUAAACCGUGUUGAAUCGGGGUAAAAACAAUGAACUUGUAACAUCAUGUGUUGCGUUCUUGAUUUGCCAUGAUCUCUUACUGUUUAGUUGCAGAUAAGGAGACGUUGUGCAAAGUUAAUGAGGUCGAUCGUACAAUUUGUUGCGGUAUUUAGUGUAAUAGGAACGGGCUUAAAACAAUUAAACAGCCCACAGGGGGCUAAUUUUAACUCGGGCGAUAAUUUCUUGAUUUGUUGCUGGCCUUCUUCGGCGCGUACAAUUAGUGCUCCGGAUAAGGCGGACGCUAAUCAUGUAUGCAACAUAAAUGUAUACAAUAUUUCUGUAAUAAACUACUUGCUUACACACGCA